GCGGAGGAACCGGGCACCGUUUCGCGGCGCUGCCUGGGGCGCGCGGUGUUGGUUCUUGGGGUGGGUGGCGAUGCUGCGCGCCGGGCUGGGAAGAAGCAGCUGCCUAUGUGGUGGCGGGUUGCGGAGGAGCCGGUGCCCCGCAGCCGCCGGCGGCAACGCUUCGCUGCGCUGCUCCAGAGUCCUGAGCGCCGCCUCGCCUAGCAACGGCGGUGGGGCGCGGGGCGGAGGCCAUCCCCCGGCAGGUGCCAGUAAUGUAAAGCCCUUGGAUGGUGUGAAAAUUCUUGAUUUAACAAGGGUACUUGCAGGGCCCUUUGCCACAAUGAAUUUAGGAGAUCUAGGUGCUGAAGUUAUCAAAGUGGAAAGACCAGGAGCUGGUGAUGACACAAGAGCCUGGGGCCCACCUUUUGUUGGAACAGAAAGUAUUUAUUUUCUCAGUGUUAAUAGAAACAAAAAGAGUAUAGCUAUCAACAUGAAGGACUCAAGAGGAGCAAAACUAAUCAGAGAGCUUGCAGCAGUGUCUGAUGUUUUUGUGGAAAACUAUGUCCCUGGAAAACUGUCUGAACUGGGUCUAGGUUAUGAAGACAUUAAAAAGGUUGCUCCUCACAUAGUGUACUGCUCAAUAACAGGUUAUGGUCAGACCGGUCCCAAGGUUCAGAGAGGUGGAUAUGACUCCAUUGCAGCUGCUGUUUCUGGUCUCCUGCAUAUCACAGGGCAUGAGGGUAGUGAGCCAGUUAGACCAGGAGUAGCCAUGACAGAUCUUGCUACCGGAUUGUAUACACAUGGAGCAAUUAUGGCUGGUUUACUUCAGAGGUACAAGACAGGGAAAGGACUGCACAUUGACUGCAACCUCUUGUCAUCUCAGGUUGCAUGUCUCACUUAUAUAGCAGCUAAUUACCUUAAUUGCAAAAUUGAAGCAAAACGCUGGGGUACUGCUCAUGGGAGUAUUGUUCCCUAUCAGGCUUUUAAGACCAAGGACGGCUACCUUGUGGUGGGAGCUGGAAAUGAUAAGCACUUUAUCACUGUGUGCAAGAUCUUGAACUUGCCUGAAGUCAGUAAGGAUUCCAGAUACAAAACUAAUACACUCAGAGUCCAGAACAGAAAAGAACUUAUUGAUACACUGUCAACCCGGUUUUCAGAAAAAGCCACAAUCGAGUGGUUGCAGCUCUUUGAAGGUAGUGGAGUCCCAUAUGGGCCAAUCAACAACAUGCAGCAAGUGUUUGCGGAUCCUCAGGACCAGGUGUCAGAUACAGUGAAUUUGCUGUGUCACAUCCGAAACCACCUCCCCUUGUUGGACAGCAUACGGUUGAGAUACUGAAGGGCAUGCUGGGUUAUGAGGAUGAUGCCAUAGAAGAACUGCUCCGCACUGGUGCUGUGGCUCAGCAUGAGGUCAGAUAAGGAACAUUAGCUACAUUCCUUCACACUGAGUUCACAUUACUUUGUCCUCUCUUUGCUCCCUUCAGCUCCCCUAAUGGGACUCAAAGAGAAGACAUAAUUUAAUUCCUAAUUUUCUUCCAUGUGCAUUUGUAUGAUUUUUACACUGAUGUAUCAAAUAAACAAUCUCAUGCUGCCUGAGUGAAAGAUUUUCUUGGGGAUGGGUGAGGGUAAAUGUAAUUAUGCAGUCCUGUGUGGCUACUCAUUUUCUGUACUUCAAAUGGGAAAUAGAGUUCUUAUCAUAAUUA